CGUUUCCAUGGGAGAGCGGCGCGCGUGGCACCGCGCGGGGCGGGGCGCGCGGCCAGGCCUUAAAGGGGCCGCACCUGGCGCGGGGGCAGAACCGGAGCGACCGGCCCCGAGCCCGAGGGGGGUUUGUGCUGCAGGACACGGGUGACACCAAGAUCCUGACUGGAUUUAACAGGAAGAACAAGGGGCUUUUACCUGGGAACCAUGGCAGAGAAGAUCCUGGUGACCGGAGGCGCUGGCUACAUCGGCAGUCACUGCGUGCUGGAGCUGGUGGAGGCUGGUUACGUCCCUGUGGUCAUAGACAACUUCCACAAUGCCAUCCGAGGGGCAGACGCGCUCCCUGAAAGCCUCCGGCGUGUGCAGCAGAUCGUGCGCCAGCCCAUCCUCUUCCAGGAGCUGGAUAUCACCGAUGAGGCAGCGCUGCAGGAGCUCUUCAGUGAGCACCGUUUCUCAGCCGUGAUGCACUUUGCGGGGCUGAAGGCGGUGGGAGAGUCAGUGCAGAAGCCUCUGGAGUACUACAGAGUGAACCUCACCGGGACCAUCCGGCUGCUGGAGGCCAUGAAAGCCCACGGCGUGAGGAACAUGGUGUUCAGCAGCUCUGCCACCGUCUACGGAGACCCCAAGUACCUGCCCCUGGAUGAGAACCACCCCGUUGGAGGCUGCACCAACCCCUACGGCAAAUCCAAGUACUUCAUCGAGGAGAUGAUUCGAGAUCUCUGCAAGGCAGAGAAGGACUGGAACGCUGUUCUCCUGCGCUAUUUCAACCCCAUCGGUGCCCAUGAGUCAGGCAUGAUUGGAGAAGAUCCUCAGGGGAUCCCCAACAACCUCAUGCCCUACGUGGCGCAGGUGGCUGUGGGGCGCCGGGAAUUCCUGAGCGUGUUUGGGAAUGACUACAAUACGGAUGAUGGAACGGGCGUCAGGGACUACAUCCACGUCGUGGACUUGGCCAAGGGCCAUAUCGCUGCUUUGAAGAAGCUCAAGGAGAACUGUGGCUGCAAGAUCUACAAUCUGGGCACAGGCACCGGCUACUCUGUCCUGCAGAUGGUCCAGGCCAUGGAGAGAGCCUCAGGGCGGGAGAUCAAGUACAAGAUCACGGGCCGGCGCGAGGGAGACGUGGCCUCCUGCUACGCCGACCCCACGCUGGCCGAGCGCGAGCUGGGCUGGAAAGCUGCCUUUGGCCUGGACAAGAUGUGUGAGGAUCUGUGGCGGUGGCAGCUGCGGAAUCCCACAGGCUUCAGCAAGAACUGAGCCGUGGCCCCAGGGCUCGCCUGGCUCCUGGGCUGCUCCCCGGCCUCCCCGUGCCCCAGCGAGGCUGUGAUCAGCCUGGGUGCAGGUCCAGCUCCCCUCCUGCCUCUGGCAUGGGGCAGCCCCAGCCUCUCCGCUCCUCAUCCUCCCUCCCCACUGCCCCAGGUCCUUUGCACCUCAGAGCAGAAACACAAGGGAAAACAGAGCCAGGGCCCUGCUUUGGGACCCCGGGCACAGAAACCCCUUGUGGGACUGCAGAGGGGCUGGUGCCCACCCCAGCAGGGAGGUGAAACACCCCUUCCCUGCUGCACCCAACCUGCCCAGCUCGGGGGGCAGGGGCUGUUCCUGGACUCAGGGGGAGACCAGGACUCCCACUGCCCCGGGCAUGGGGAGGGUGCUGAGCACCUACCUCAUGGUCUUAGGCCCCAGGAACGCCCCCGAUUCCCAACAUCUACAGGGACCAGGCAUAUCCCAAGCCCAGCACAGCUCACUUCCCCAGCCCAGCUCCCCAGGGGCAAGGCCCUGAUGGCUGCCAAGGGCUCUCCACAGACACGUGCCUCUUUCUCUGCCCCCAGUGUGGUUUUGGGGACAAACUCUCAUCUCUGACAAGCUCCAGCGGAGCCCCAGACCUAAGCCCUGGGUGCAGUCGUGCUGCACACAGCCCCUCUGUUGCCAUGAGAUUGGGCUGGUGCCUGGUUUUCCUUCCACGUUGCCUGUGGCAGCCACUUCCAUAAUCCCAUUGCCAAAGACUGCCCAGGAGCAGGCUCUGCUCCGCUGCCCAACACUGCUCCUAUUUAUUCUGGGUGCUUCCACGCGCACUGGGAGCGGCGCUGACGCAGCCGGCCCCGUGUGCUGCUCCUUGGCCCCAUAACUUAUGUUCCUAACUUAUGAAUCGAGCUUUUGAUUUGUUUCCAAAUAAACUUUCUUACUUUCUAA